AUGGCUCUGCUGAAGGUUCUGCUGCUGCUGCUGGGUCUGGGUGUUUCAGUGAACUCAGCUGUCUCUCUGCAGAAGAGAAUCAUUGGAGGUCGUGACUGUGAUGUCACCGACCGUCUUUAUCAUGUUCGGCUGUUGAGCACAAACGGUACUGCAUCGACCCUGUGUGGAGGAACUCUGAUCGACUCAGAGUGGAUCUUGACUGCAGCUCACUGCUGGGAGUCAGAGGCAGGAUGGACUAACAAAGCGAUAUUUAAAGUUCAUCCACGGACUGCUACCCAGGAGACUCAGGUGAUCCAAAACGAUCCUGUGAUUUAUACUCACCGCGGCCAGAAGCAUGACAUCAUGUUGCUGAAGCUUCGGAGACCAGUAACAGACGUCCCACUUGCUCUGCUACCAAAUUGCAAGAAACGCCCUAAAAAAGGCAGUACUGUUCAGCUGGUAGGAGAGGGAGGAACAACAACCGGCCCCUUUAAUAAGCGAAUCCCCAAUGCUCCUAUUUCAACAAACCUUCAGUGUGUCGACAUGGAGGUUUCUGCUGUUACCCACUUCGAGUCGACAUGUGGGAAUAUAUUCCUCGCCAAAGAACGGGACAAGGAUAUAUGUCAUGGCGACUCUGGUUCAACGGUGGAGUUCAACUACAGGACUUAUGGUGUGAUUACUGAAUGUUCAGGAGGAUAUGCAUGUCAGGUGCCAGUUAGAAUCAUGGAUGUGUGUGAAUACAUGGGCUGGAUAAAACAAAUAACUGGGCUUAAACUAUAAUGAAACAAAAUUCUCAUCAAAUUUCCUCUCAGAUAUAAUUUUAUAUCUGUAUCUUCAUCAGUUUGUAGUUUGCAGAAUUAU